UAUAGAUAAAAAGGAGUAGAGGGGAGGAGAGAGCAAUCGCAUCCCGUCUUCUUUGGUGGAUGUUCCUUGGAACGAUUGCUCCCUGUGCGCUUUCGAAGAGGAGGAAGUUAGAAUUUGUGGGGCAAAGGAUUUCAUCUUAGGUUUAGGGUUCUCUCACCGUCUUCCAAUCCAUGGCGUCGGCGAAAGUUUCGUGAUCUCUCUUACCUUUCUCCUGUCGCCCCUGAUCCGCGUGUGGAACCGGUGCAGAUCCAGCGGAGUUGCUGUGCUUUUCCGAUCCAUCUGUGGAAUCAGUUUGGUUCGCUCAAUCAUUAGGGCUUUUAUUUGGUUGAUUCGGUGGUGGUUUUUUUUGGAUUCGGUGUUGGUGUCUAGGGUUUCUUGUUUUGUUUCUGUUGAUAGAUGGACGAGGCCUGGGAGAGGGCCGUGGAGGCGGCGAUAGGAGCUCAGGCAGAAUCUUCCUCUUCUGCUUCACCACCUCGGAGCCUCACACUUGACGGUUCGGUGAAGUGUCUUCAUGGUCGGCUUCCGCCGCCGGAGAUCCUGGAGAGGUACCAGUCGCUGGAGGUUCUCUCGAUUGCAAAUAUUGGGGUGUCGUCACUAGAGAAGUUUCCGCGUCUCCAGAACCUGCAGCGGCUGAUCCUGUCUGACAAUCGCAUUGGCGGCGGACUUGAGUUUCUGGUGGAGGCUGGGAUGGAUUCCCUCAGGGACCUAGAUCUCUCCAACAACCGGAUCCAGUUCCUAGAGGAUUUGUCACCUUUGGCUCAACUCCGGCUCGUUUCUUUGGAUCUCUAUGAGUGUCCUGUGACGAGGGUCAAAGAUUAUCGAUCAAGGGUAUUCGGAAUGAUCAGGACUCUGAAAUAUCUAGAUAAGCUGGAUGCUGAUGAAAAUGAACGGCCAGAGUCUGAUGAAGAGGAGGAGGAGGAGGAAGAAGAGGAGGAUGAGGAAGAGGAUCCUGGGAGUGGUGAGGUCGAUGGAGAAGAACAUGCAGAGAGGCUGAUGAAUGGCGUUGCUAGCAAUACAACACAUGCAGUAGUCGAUGCUGAUGAAGAAGAGGAGAGUGAUGCUGAAGAAGAGGACACUGAGACUGGUAUGGGAACAGAUGCUAAUGGUUUGGAGAGGGGGUAUCAUGCAUCCAAUGGAUUUCGAGUUGCCCCUAUCAGAGCAGCUUCAGUUGAGAGAGAAGAGGGCCAAGAUGAAGAGGAGGAUGUAGAUGAGUAUGACGAAGAGGAUGAUUUGGGAGAGGAGAUUGAUGCGGAGGAGGAGGAGGAGGAGGAGGAGGAAGAUGAUGUUGUCGAGGUUCAUGACAUACGAGACAGUGAAGAGGAAGAUGAGGACGGGGUUGACGAGGGGGAGGAAGAGUUAGAUGAAGAGGACGAGGAUGGGGAUGUAGAAGAAGAUCAGGAUAUCCCAGAUGAUGAGGAUGACGGUGAACCUGGCAGCUCAGGGAGAUUCAUCAACGGAGAAGGGGAGAUUGAUGGUCAUGAGCAAGGUGAAGGUGAUGAAGACGAGAAUGGAGAGAUUGGGCAGGAAGAUGAGCAGGACGUGGAUGAUGAUAGAUUUUCUGAAGAAGGUGAUGGCGAGGAUGAAUUUGAGGAUGAUGACAAUGGCGGGGAGUAUCUGGUGCAACAGAUUCCACAACCUCUGGUUGUGGAUACAGCAGGGAGCGACACUUUUGAGGAAGACGAAGAUGAUGAGGUCGACAACGAUGACGAUGGCAAAGAGCACCUCCAGGUAAACAAUAAAUGUUCUCCGCGACAUGCAUCCUCUUCUCAGCCCAACAAGCGGAGGAGAGAUGACGACAAUGGCGAUGAGGAGUCCGAGGAGGAACAACAACAAAGGCCCAAGCAUCAUCAUCCUUGAGGUUUCUCAAUCAGCAACGGUCUUCAUGGUUCCUGGUGUGGGUUCUUCUCCUUUGUCGUGUAUUCUGAACUUGCCUACUUAGGAGAACUAGCAAGUGAAGAAAGACUUCAGUUGGGUUUCUUGCUCUUUCCUCCCCAUUUCAAAAGUUAGUUAUUCAUCUACUUUCAAAUGGCAGGUAUACAUACUCCUCUCAAACUCCUUCCCUCCAAACAAUCAGUAAGUUUAAAUAGUACUAGCCGUUAUGUCUGUGUUUAGGUCCUUCCUAGUUCAUGUGUUCCUGCGGCUUAGAAUGAGACAUAUCUUGUUCCCUCACAAUUGGAGUUUGGUUGUGUUUAUUUC